UCAGCAAGAAGAUAACUAGUUCUAGCGUUAUCAGAAAGUCUUUGUUGUUGCACAAGGAAGGAACAAUGGGACAAGGCCAAGAAGUCAAGACCAGAGAUGAUGCCCAAGUUGAAAUUCAGGAGAGAGGGGAAAUAUUUUUCUUCUACAGGCCAAAAGUUAACAAGGAGGAAGCUCGCAGCCCAGAUGAUGUUCAACGUUUGUACAUAGUUUUAAGGCCAGAGUCAGGUGAGAGGCCAAUUGAGGAGAAGCAAGACCCUGAUUCAGGAAAAGAAGGUGCAAAGAAGAAGGGAUCUAAUUCUGGUGAAAAAGGUUCUGGUGGUAGUCAAAGUGGGCAUGGUAGGCAUGAAGUGAACAUUGAGAAGCAACCAUUGCUGAGGUUCAUAGUGAUGGGAAGGAAAAGCCUUCCUGACCCAAGCAAGAAGGGCAGACCCUAUUGGGGUUUUGUUGACAUGGUCACCACAAAUAUAGAUGAUGUGAAAACUGCUCUUCAAGGAGAGGAGUAUGACACUAAAACCAAAGGGCACAGACACACUUCUGCAGUAAGGGCAUUAGGAGAAGGCAUAUACCGCAUUGUGAGGCAUAAGGAGGAGAAGAAGAAACCCCACACUCAUUUGAUUUACAAGCUUGAGUUCCCACCAGAAGAUGAGAACAAUGAGCCUCAAGAGUCACUUAACAUUAAACAUGAAGGCUCAUUUCAUAUUCAAAUAAAGAACCCAGAUCAACAUGGCAGCAGCAGUACUUCUCAGUUCAGAGGGCUACAGAACAAGCGCAGGGCUAUGUUUCCUGCCCACCUGCAAGGCCAGUUUGGGAAUUUAAGGUACUGCCCAGCUGAUCCACCUGACUUCUUGAACUAUGAAGGAUGUGAGUUCUUGCUCAUAUCGGCUUCGGAAGAUAUAGAAGAGGAAUUGGGACUGGAGCUGCAGACAGAGGGGGAAGCAGUUGAAUCUUGUUCUGAUUUGAUCAAAACUUUUGGGGAGACUGCAUCUACCAGUUCUCUUCUGAGAGGCACUUGGGUUUGAAAAAGAAAAUGGUACCAUGCAUAGUUGUAGUUUGUUGUAUGUAACUUUUGAA